UUCCAACUCAGCGCGUGGAGCAAAUCAAGUCUACCCUAAAAACUAAGAUACAGUGACCUCUCCGCCCUUCCGUGCUCAUUAAGAAAAACAAACCUAUCCUCUCUCCCCCUCUCUCUCUCCUCAUUGCCUCUCUCUCAGUUACAGAGAAACUCACCAAAAACUUUCCCCAAAUCACCAUCCAUCGCAAGAACAUGAAGAUCAGAAACAAAGGUAAGGUAUACCCAUCACCUUCUUCAUCAUUAUCAUCUAUGUGCUUUUAUACUGCAAACAGAGAUGCUCUCUCAGUACUCAAGCUCUUACCAACUGCGAUUCUAGCUCUGGUUUCGAUUCUCUCUGUACAAGACCGAGAAGUGUUUGCCUACAUGAUAACAAGGUCUAUCAAGUCAUCAAACCCAUCUUCAAUUCUCGAAGAAAAGAAGAAAAGCAACAAGAAAUCGAAUACCCAUAAGCCUCCGAUCUUCGAUUGCGAUUGUUUUGAUUGCUAUACGAGCUACUGGUUCAGGUGGGACUCUUCGCCUAAUCGCGAACUCAUUCACCAAGCCAUUGAAGCAUUUGAAGAACACUUGGCUAGCGGCGAGAAGAGAGAGAAGAACGGCAGGGGGAAGAGGAAAGAGAAAAUGGGGCGCCGUGGGAAUGAAAGUAGGGAGGUGAAGAGAGAGGUGGUUCUGCCGGAAGUAAUGGAGGUGGUGCCGGAAAAAGGUGGAGAAGAAGAGGAGGAGGAGGAGGAGGAGGUGGUGGCGGCGCCGGAAGAUGCGGCGGUGAUGCGGCGGAGUGUGGCGGAGAACAACAACCACAAGGGUUUGGUGAGGAAGGUGCUGCCGGACGUGGUGGGGAUAUUGAAUUCCCGUUUGUGGAGUCUUUGGAGUCCGAAUGUUUAGUCUUUUGAAUUUUUCGAGAAAGAAAGAAAAAAGCUUUAGUAAUAUUUGGUGUUGUUGGGUUGGGUUAUAUUCGAGCUCGAAUAUAUGAAUAUUAAUUGUUAAAUAUCAUCUAUAUCUAUAUUAUUAUAUAGUAUAAUAUUUCAAUGGUUCGAACGUUGAUCA